CGCGUCGAGAACAUUGAUUACGAAUUCAUUACGAUGCAGGGCCAGAAACUGAAUCUAAACUGGGGCAUUGCAGCAGCUGGACGCAUUACCCAGGAUUUUGUGACAGCACUGGGAACUUUGGAGAGUUCCCCUCAUGUUGUGAUCGCUGUUGCGGAUGUGGAGGGGGAACGUGCCCAGGAAUUUGCGAAACGCAAUCAGAUAUCACGUCAUUAUAAUGGAUUCGAUGCAUUGUCCCAGGAUCGAGAGGUGGAUGUUGUUUAUGUGGGCACACUGAAUCCCUAUCACUAUGCUGUGGUCCGGUUGAUGCUUUCCCGGGGGAAACAUGUACUGUGCGAGACGCCCUUGUGCCUGGGAUUGGCACAGGCAAGGGAACUCUAUGCAUUGGCCGAACAAAGAGGAGUCUUCCUCAUGGAGGGAAUGUGGAGUCGCUUCUUUCCCAGCUACGAUCGCUUGAGGGAACUCCUCCUUAACGAUUCGAUUGGCGAAGUGAAUCUGAUCAAGCUGCAACAUGGCUUCCGCCUGGCCAAUGUUGAGAGGAUUACCAGUCGUGCUCUAGGUGGUUCCAUUACCCUGGACAUUGGCAUUUAUGCACUUCAGCUGGGACAAUUUGUUUUUGGUUUGCCGCCAGUGAAGAUCAUUCCCAGUGGAACACAAUUAAAUGGCGAUCGUGUCGAUGUGCAGACCGAAUUUAUACUGGAUUAUGGUGCCAAUCGUCGUCUGGUGGCGCUUGUCACAGGUCUGGAAAAUCUGGAGAAUGAUGCGAUCAUUGUGGGCAGCAGAGGCGAAAUUAAGCUCUCCAACUAUUGGUGUUGCACUCAAUUGACUCGCUCUAAUACUGCUCCAGAGAUUUGGCCACUGCCAAAUGGCAAGUUUGAUUUUAAUUACACCAACUCUUGUGGGCUACGUUAUCAGGCGGAGGAGGUGCGCAAGUGCAUCGAGAAGCGUCUCCUGGAGAGUCCCAAGUACACUCAUGCCGCUAGUCUGGAACUAAUUGCCAUUACAGAUCAAAUACGCCGACAAAUUGGCGUUAGCUUUGAGGAUGUUGUUGGCCCGGAAUUGUAGUAAGUUAAUAGAAAAAGUUAUAAGUAAUCUUUUUAGUAAUAGACAUUAAGAUACAGCUAAAUUCAUCUUACAGAAAGUUCCUUGUUUCUAAUUUUUCCAUAUGUAAUCCCUUUAAAUAAAUUUCAAUUAAUUUGAAGCGAAAUUUAAA